CGGAAUCAAGCCAUCGUCAUAAGCUACGCGCCUAUCGUUCCGUCUCGUCUCAUCCCGUACUCAGACGCAAUCCAAAUCCAUAUCCAAACCUCACUUUCGACAUCUCCAACUUGUCGCCACAGUGCUCGCUUGCUCUAUUCAUCACUCUCCCUGCUCGCUUGUAAAACACAUCUCCACUGCAUCACCUUCUCGCACCGUCCGUCUCCCUGCUCCAAGCCGCAUCGGCCGGCCGCCCUUCCCCGCCAUGAGACCCGUUCCUUCGGGGAACCGCCCCCUCAACAUUCAACCACCAGGGCGUACAGAUAGCCUCGCCUGCGGUCCCUCAGCUGCACCCGUGGCCUGCUUCAUCACCAACGAAGCAAGUCUUGAAGCCGGUCGAAACCACUCUCCUCCGAGACUCCGACAGCAGGCCGACCCCCGUAAAUUGCAACACAGCUCCCGCCACCCAUCGCCACCCGUCCAGCAACCAUCACCUGCUCCCGUGGCCGGAAGCGCCUCAUCGCUAUCUGGCGACGACCAAUAUCCCUUAGCCUAUCCCUCGGAUCCUGGUACUCCGUGUUUCCUUGGUCUCUCGGGCCCUGAAUCGGCACUAAGCACCUCGUCGUCGAGGAGCUCACUUGCAGGUCCCUCUGUCGAAUACCAGAACAAUCCCGCCUUGCCAGAGCCUGCCAUGUCAGAUAACGAGGAUAAGGAUAAUGGCAGCUCCGUGCCCCAACUCAUCAUGCCAAGUUUGAUGGUACCCCACCGACGACCGUUCUCGCAUGUAGGCAAAUCUCUGGGGAAACUCAAGAUCAUGGUGGCAGGCCGACCAGGAAUCGGUAAAACUUCACUCAUCAGGUCCUUGGCUCAACGAUGUGAGCAUAUCGUGCAUAUGGAUCAGAUUGAACCGAAUCAGACAAGAGAUGUCGCCGAAACAUAUGCGAGUUCAAGGCCGCAUCCUUGGUGGAAGACCGACUCACAGCUUCUUUUGACCGAUACACAAAGACCAUCUUCCCUGACGGGGGAAAUGUUGGAUCGAAACGUUUGCUUCGUUGAAGGCCCCGGACAUAUGAAUGGCCCCUCUGGCCCUUGGCACGACCUACGAUAUGUAAAAUCUCACGUAACCGCGCUCUUGGGCAAGCCCAUGGACGAUUCCGAUCUCUUUUCUCUCCUGAACGCUGGGGGCGAACCAAUUGUUGACGUGCUUUUAUACUUGAUACCCAACAAAGGUCUUGAAGCCGAUGAUGUGGAAUACAUCAAGAAUGCACAGGCCGUGACUAAUGUCAUUCCCGUGCUAGCACGGGUGGAUGAACUUGGUGGCGAUGAGGUUGAGAUGGUCAGACAGAGAGUCCUACAGGGCUUGGCCCGCGAAGACCUAGACUGCUUUUCUUUUGCAGGCCCUCAUCCAUCCGCUGAGAUGACUCACGUCUAUACCGUAUCCACCGAAACACGGCCCGACUAUGACACUAUGGACGCUAGUGUUCUCAUGAAUUCGGAGUAUAUCGCACCUCUCGUCCCAACCGACUUGGGCAGACUCGUGGAUCAGGUCUUUUCACUGGAUGGAUGUACCCAACUGCGAUACUCUGCGGCAGUCAAGUGUGUGCGGUGGCGUCGCGAUCAUGGCUAUGGUGUGAUGCAGAGCGCAUUGCAGAGUCGGAGCAUGAUACCACGUUCCGCUCCUGGGAGGGCUCUAAGGUUGGGCCCCGCUAACCGGCCACAGUGUUGGGAACGACUGGAGUUGUACAAUUGGGCGAAUAACCUACGGCAGAGUCUCCAUGCCGAGCGGUUACACAGCCUCCUCAGUGAGAGGUCGGACCACACAUCAUCGCCCCACUCUCAACUGGUACCGCUCGCUUUGCAUGGGGACAAACAACUGUGUUUGGAGGUUCGGCGAGGGAGACGGCGCCGCCACCAGGACCCAUUAGGGAUCUUGGAGCUAGGUGGGCAGCUGAAGCGAAAGGGCAUACUCGUUCUAGAGGUGGUGGGCAGCAUCGGACUGGUUGGCUACCUGGUUUCUCAGUUGGUAAACCCUGAUUGGGCCGAGGAAACUUGCUACGUGGCCUUGGCUGGGUCAAGGAGGAUCGGAAUGGAAAUACCCGGGCUGGGGACACUGUUGUUUUGGUAGGGUGAGGCGGGGAUAUGCGUAUGGCUUCCUUCUAACCCACGGGCCAGACGUCAGUGGGUGAGGGAGCCAGGCGUUGGGGCUUGAG